ACUGUCGGCGCCGGCGUUGACCGUGCCGGUCUGCCCCGCGGCCGCCAACGCGGGUUCGCCAGAGCUCAUAAGCAACUGCCCCUCUCCUCCCCGCACACCACCAAACCACCGACAGCACAACAACACAACCGAAUCCCCACGACAAACUCCACGAAGACAUACCUCCCCCACUCGCAAUCAUGACCACUUCCACGCACUCGUACGCGCACCUCCUCCCGCCGCAUUACAAGACGACGAUCACCUCGUGGCUGGCCGAGGACGCGCCCUCCUUCGACUACGGCGGAUACGUCGUGGGGGAGUCGCCCAAGACCGCCACGCUAUUCUGCAAAUCCGCCGGUAUCCUCGCUGGCGUCCCCUUCUUCGUCGAGGUAUUCAAGCAGCUAGACUGCCGCGUGGAGUUCCACCACGGCGAGGGCGCCUCACUGGACCCUACGGCCACUUCCACGGGGAAGAUCGCUGUCGCAACCGUCACCGGCGCCGCACGGAGCAUCCUUCUCGGGGAGCGGGUAGCGCUGAACACGCUCGCACGCUGCUCCGGCAUCGCGACGGCGAGCCGCAGCCUCGUCGAGCUCGCGCGCGCCGCAGGAUACACGGGGAUCAUUGCGGGCACGCGGAAGACGACGCCGGGGUUCCGCGUCGUCGAGAAGUAUGGUAUGCUGGUUGGCGGCGCCGACGCCCACCGUCACGAUCUUUCCAGCAUGGUCAUGCUGAAGGAUAAUCAUGUGUGGAGCACGGGGUCGAUCACGCGCGCGGUGGGCGCGGCGAAGGAGGUGGCUGGAUUCAGUGUUAAGGUUGAGGUCGAGUGUCAGAGCGAGGCGGAGGCGGAUGAGGCUAUACAGGCGGGCGCGGAUGUGGUCAUGCUGGAUAACUUUACGGGCGAGGGUCUGAAGGUCGCCGCGAUGAGUAUCAAGCAGCGCUGGGCGGCGCGUGGCAGGAGUGUGCUGCUGGAGUGCUCGGGAGGUUUGACGGCGGCCAAUGUCAAGGAGUACGUGUGCAACGACAUUGACAUCAUCAGUACCAGCUCGAUUCAUCAGAGCACGCAACACGUCGAUUUCUCGCUCAAGAUCGAUCACUAGAGUCUAGAUCACAGCGGCAGCCCAUAGAAGUUCGUCAAGAGAUUAAUGAGUAAAGAGACCAUGUUAUUUGGAAGACCAGCCAGCCCUCCCCCAUUACAAUCUAUGUAGUCGAUACCUGAUCAGCGGAGACGAAGAGAAGGAAAGAAAAAAAAAGGGAUCCGCAAGAGCCCGUAUGAAGAAGAAAAUACCAUACAAUCCACCAUCAUCAUCGCCUGGUCCCCCUUUUGAAAAGCCCACCUGUAUUGAAUCAGAAAAGACGUAAAACGAAAACACAACCAGAGUCCAUCCCACCCAUCCAUCCACCCAUCCAUCCACCCAUCCAUCCACCCAUCCA